UCUCUCAUCACUCCAGCGACAUGUUUGUGACGGUGAUACUGGGAGAGAAAAGAGCUGAGCUACUUAACCUCAACUGCCGGAUUGUGAAUUUCAUCCACUGUUUAAAGGAGAAGUGCAAACUGGACCCGCAAGUGCAAGUGGACUUGAUGGACCGGACUGGAGAGCUGGUGCACUUGGUGGAGGUGGAGCACAGCGUGGACCUGGCCAGCACUUUACUGAAAAACCGACAGAGCUACAUCGUACUGAGCGUGUCACGUGAGUCACGUGAGUCACGUGAAUUACCUCAUUUUUAAGUGAUUUUUUUUUUUUAAAUAAAGGGAAAAGAA